UGAGGACUCGAACACGAAAGUCGUGCAAGGGUCGGUUGCGCGGUGAAUACGAACGGUGGUCAAAUCGUCGGUCAUUCGUAUCCGAGACGUACCCGUCCAUCCAUCCAUCCAUCCAUCCAUCCAUCCAUCCAACCGUCCGUCCGUCCGUCCAUUCGUCCGUCGGUCGGUCAGUCAAUAAUUGAGUAAAUCGACGAUUUGUGAUCCUGGUCGAUUCUUUUUUUUUAUUUAUUUAUUUUUUUUAUGCAUAUCGAUCGAAGGUGGAACGUUGGCCGGUUCUUUGUUCGCGUAAUGUGUACGGUUGUGUGAAAUUGACCACAUGCGCGAUUCUCCAUCAGCAAAUAUUAAAUAUACCAUAAAAAUUUUAAGGCCUAUUUUUCACCGAGAGCUAGCGGAAUAAAAACAAGGCUCUUGCCGUUUUACUUGACGGCAAAUUAACCGGAAGAGCCUGUGAUCAAAACUCAAUCAUGCUAAUAACUGACAAUACGGCGACAGGAGGCGGUGGUAUGAUGGUGAAUUCUAAUUCGGUGAACUCGAUGAACAGCGCGGAAGGAAAUAUGGACGGAACGAUGACUCCGAACCCCGUUAUGGCUACUCCGGGGAUAAAUAACGUCGCUUGGAACAGGCAGCAAGCCGUGAGCGUGCGACAUGCCUUCAAGAACUACGGAAGCAGCAAAAAUCCGAAUCAAGUGUUGCAGAACCUCAACAUGACAGUGGCCAAAGGUUCGAUAUAUGGACUCCUCGGCGCCAGUGGUUGCGGGAAAACGACGCUUCUGUCCUGCAUCGUUGGUCGACGGAGGUUGAAUUCUGGAGAAAUCUGGGUCCUGGGUGGAAAACCGGGUACCAAAGGUUCCGGAGUGCCGGGUAAGCGCGUCGGCUACAUGCCCCAGGAAAUCGCCCUCUACGGAGAGUUCACCAUAAGAGAAACGAUGAUGUACUUCGGGUGGAUAUUCGGCAUGUGCACAGCCGAGAUCGUCGAGAGGCUCAGAUUUUUGCUCAAUUUCUUGGAUCUGCCCUCGCAAAAUCGACUCGUCAAAAAUCUCAGCGGUGGUCAGCAGAGGCGAGUAUCUUUUGCCGUGGCGUUGAUGCACGACCCGGAACUCCUAAUUCUGGACGAACCUACGGUGGGAGUCGACCCGCUCCUCAGACAAAGUAUCUGGAAUCACUUGGUACAAAUCACCAAAGAUGGGAACAAAACUGUCAUCAUUACCACACACUACAUCGAAGAGGCUCGACAGGCUCACAUGAUCGGUCUGAUGAGGAGUGGAAGGUUAUUGGCCGAAGAAUCACCGAGGGCACUUCUCACCAUGUACAAUUGUGCCUCCCUUGAAGACGUGUUCCUCAAAUUGUCCAGAAAACAAGGACAAUCCACCCAACCCACGACAGAAUUAAACAUAUCCAACAACAUCAGCUUGGCCUCCUUGAACUGGGGGAAAAAAGAUGAACCAGUUUACGUGACUCAAGAGUCUGGAGUCGUUGGGCUCAACUUCCACCAGAGCAAAGAGGUCCUCAUACACGAUACGACAAACGGCGUUGGCAGUCAUUACGACUUGAACGGAAAACCGCUUCCUGGAGCGAAAGGUGAUACUUCGGUAGAAUGCGAUGAUUGCGGGGACUUUACCGACUGCUACAAGAUCACCAGCAUUGGAAAGAUACGAGCCCUUUUGCAAAAAAACUUCCUCCGGAUGUGGAGAAACGUUGGAGUUAUGCUCUUCAUAUUCGCCCUGCCGGUAAUGCAGGUGAUCCUAUUCUGUCUUGCUAUUGGAAGGGAUCCAACGGGACUGAAGAUCGCAAUCGUUAAUCACGAGAUGACCUGGGGAAACUUGAGCUGUCCAAUUGAGAAAAAUUGCAGUUUUACGAAUCUAAGUUGUCGAUAUUUAAAAUUUCUCGACAACGAAACGAUGGUCAAAGAGUAUUAUCCAGACCCAACUUCCGCAAAGGACGCUGUUCGUGCCGGCGAAGCUUGGGGGGCUCUCUACUUCACAGAGAACUUCACAGACGCUUUGGUAGCACGAAUGGUUCUCGGCCGUGAUGCUGACGACGAAACGCUGGACCAAAGUGAAAUCAGAGUGUGGUUGGACAUGUCGAACCAACAGAUCGGCCUAAUGUUAGCCAGGAACCUGCAAUACACGUACAGGGACUUUGCGAAGGACCUUCUCUCGAAUUGUGAUCAGAAUACCAAAUUGGCUGACGUUCCGAUACAAUUCAAGGACCCCAUUUAUGGCUCGAACGAACCCAGUUUUACGGACUUUGUGGCGCCUGGUGUCAUUUUAACAAUCGUAUUUUUCUUGGCUGUGGCUCUGACCUCGUCCGCCCUGAUCAUCGAGAGGAUGGAGGGUCUUCUGGAUCGAAGUUGGGUCGCCGGCGUUUCACCCGGGGAAAUUUUAUUCUCUCACGUCGUUACGCAGUUCGUCGUUAUGUGCGGCCAGACCGCUCUCGUCCUUAUUUUCAUGAUCCUAGUCUUCGGGGUUGAGUGCAAGGGUGAAAUCGGCUGGGUGAUCAUACUCACGAUUCUUCAGGGACUCUGCGGAAUGUGUUUCGGUUUUGUAAUUUCUGCAAUUUGCGAACUCGAAAGAAAUGCCAUUCAAUUGGCGCUUGGCAGUUUUUACCCAACGCUUUUACUCAGUGGUGUAAUUUGGCCAAUCGAAGGAAUGCCAACAGUUCUGCGAUACAUUUCGCAAGGCUUGCCACUAACGAUGGCAACCACGUCGCUUAGAUCGAUGCUAACACGUGGAUGGAGUGUCACGGAGCCUGACGUUUACAACGGUUUCAUCUCAACAAUAAUCUGGAUCGUUGUUUUCCUCACGAUAAGCAUGCUUGUGCUAAAAUUCAAACGGGGAUAAGGAUAACGUUAAAAGGUGGAAUCAAUCCUGGGAAUUGUUACUGUCUGUGAGUGUGUGUGUGUACAGUAAAUUUUAAGAAUUAAGAAAAGAGACUAUAUGCACUUUAAAUUCUCUCUCUCUCUCUCUCUCUCUCUCUCUCUCUCUCUCUCUCUCUCUCUCUCUCUCUCUCUCUCUCUCUCUAUCUGUCUUUUGACUCGUUACGUUGUCGUCGUUUCAGCGGUAUGGAUAUGCCCGAAAGCUCGUUGAAUGAACCAUGGAUACGUAUUGUAUUUAUAAGCAAACAGCAUCAUCAGCUCGCAAAUAUUUAGGGCCCACUUUCAACGAUUAUCUGGCUUGCUUGUGAUAAGUUAAUUUUUUCCACAAUAUCAAGGAAUGGUGGUAGUUUGAUAAUCGUUCUCUCUCUGCCUUUUAUUCAGCUUUCUGAAUUCCAAUGUAGUUCGAAAUUCCUUUCCCUUUUUUUAAAAACCUGUAUCGUAAACGCUGAGGGUCAAAGUGAGUGUACUUUGCACUUUCUUGUCUCGUGUUUAACUGACUCUGAAAUUGUGAUGAUAUAACAGAUUAGGGAAUCUUCGAGAGUUUCGCUGAAUCCCGAGACCCUGUAUGAGACCCCCUGUGUAUGUUAGUUGAAAUACGACGACGAAGACGACGACGAAACUGUUUGCCGUUCUUAGCUUAAAGUUAAGGAUACGCAAAGUUGCUCAAUUAUAAAAACUUCCGCGCUUUGUAGUUGGACAACUGUUGAUUAUUGAUUUUUUUUUUUUUUUCUGCUUUCGCUUCAUAUGACCCACAUUCUUCUUUCGUACCUAUCUUUUGCUAUUACAACGACAUUCAUAUACGUGAUUAAUAAUAAAUGCGACGAUGAAUGAUCAAUAUAAUUAUGGAUAUACCGGGUGACUCGGGUUUAUACGAUUUAUUGUUAACACUGCAGUUUUAUCAAAGAAAUGUAUAAAGCGAUAUUGGAGCAACAGUUAUUCAUGUGACUGUGUAAGCUUGUUAACUCUUUCUAUAAUCUUCUUUCCGUAACCCAUGUAGCAUAAAAAUAAAUUUUUAGAACGAUACGUAUUUAUCGCGUAGCUCGUUCGUAAUCAUUACAUUUAUUUGUAUAUAGAUAUACAAGAAUUAUUAUACGAAUAAUUUAACUAGCAAAUUUUUUAUUUUAUUUUUUCCUUCGCCACCGUUAUUCUUAUUACUUUUACUACAAAUUUGUUGUCCAUUUUUUUUUUUUAUACUUGAGUGUAUAAUUGAAUGGUAAAAUCAAAGAGACGUGCAAUCGAGUAAAUAUGUCAUUUUACAAUAACCAAAUUUUUUUACAUGUGUUCAACUUGGAUGAUCUGUUCGAUAAUUUUCCCUAAACUUUAUUCCGUUGUUUUUUUGUUUUUUUUUUUUUGUUCUCUUUUCAGUAAAAUAUAUCGCGGGAAAGAUUGUAAUUAGUAUUUUAUAAGUUUUUAGAAUUUAAUUAAAAGAUAAGCUUAAUAAGAUGAUUAUACUUGCCCAUGACUUAAGCAUGUACUUCUAUUUAACAUAUAAUUAGAAUACUCUCUGCAGGCGUGCAUUUCAUAAUUAUUGUUAGCACAUUCAACUGACAAUAAUUCGUAUUUUAUUAUCAUAUUAUUAUACUUAUUAUUGACUCGUAAGAGUGGCUUUCCUCGCUUCGAAUACCGUUGCGUUGAAAUUGAACAAUUUUGAUACUUUGACUUUUGACGAUACAUGAGAUACGGGCGAAUUGAACCGAAAUUUAUCGUAGAUAAUCGUGCGAUUGAUUGAUCUCUGUAAUACGCAGACAUUUUAACCGACUACAUUGUCUACCCGAACAUAACGGAGUAUUUUUCCGACUGCUCAAUCACAAAUACAUCUAUAUAAAUAAUAAGCCAAUGAACACGAAGUUAUUUCAGAUUCAUCUUUUAUGAAACUGCAAAAGAAUUCUUACGAUUCUGACGUGACAAACGGAGUAUUAAAAAAUAGAGCAAUAAUAAGGACAAUAAAAUAUGAAUAUAUAUUCGAUAGACGAGCAGUACGAUCCAAGAUGCAAUGUGAUCAGAGAUAAUAAUUCGGUUUAAAAGGACCUACAUGAUAUACGAUGCGUGAGAUUUAACCCAAUACGAUUGUAUAAUAAGUAAUUCAUUAUGAAUAUACAUAUAAUAAAUGUAAUAUUAUUAGUUUAUAUUUGUUACGAAAUGUACGCAUACGUAUAAUUAGCGGGAGCAACACAAAAAAAAAAAUCGGUCUCUCGAAAUAAAGAUAAAAAAAUAUUUA